GCCUCGCAAAUCGAUCGAGCAAUAUCUUAUCCGUCAUGAGAUUUUUCGUAGUAGCUUCGUUGGCCCUUUUGGUCGGUAUUGCCGGGGCCCAAAACAUUGGAACGACGAGCGAAGUUCUGCAAAAUAUCUACUAUAGAUGCGCGGAUAGCCAGUCGAUGUUAUCCUGCGUCAAGCCUAAAGUUCUGGCUUAUCUGAGCGACGCCGUCAAGGAAGAAAGAGUUCCAAUCACGCAAGAUCUCACGAUUAUCCGUUCGCGUGAACUGCACGAGGAUGGAGCCGCAGAAGACGAUUUUGCUGAGUACAAAGGAGCGAAUCCUGCCAGGAAAGAACUCCUUCGUUCUCUCAUGCUCGAGAAAUUGGACUCUUACUUGUCUACUCACCGUCUGGAGGCUAAAUUACCCGAAGCUAUUGUUGGCUCGAACAUUGUCCCGAGAUCGCUCGUCGAUUCCGUUCCCAAGAGCCUCACCAUACCACUUUCAGACUCUUCCAACGGUCAAGGUCGUGGAUUCGUUAAGAAAGUUAUGAUUCCCUUCCUUCUUGGUCUCAAGUUCAAAGCCACUGCUUUGGUACCUCUCGCUCUGGCUCUCAUAGCUUUGAAGACAUGGAAGGCUCUCACCCUCGGUCUACUGUCGAUGGUACUCAGUGGUGCGAUGCUUAUUUUCAAGCUCACCAAACCUAAAGUUGCCUACGAAGUCGUUCAUUAUGGACACCCGCCCGUGGAACACGCUGCCCCACCGCAUUGGGACUCCGCUGGACCCAAUGGACCUUACAGCGCGUACAGAAAAUAAAAAUAUUUUCAUCAUUGACACACCAACCACUUCCGAACUGUCAUAUUAUUUAAUAUUUAUUGAAUGCUCUCUUCUUGUUCGUAU